UCCACUCCUCUUGGAUUUUUGUGCACACAAACGGUGACUCUUUCAGUUGAAGUAAAGUUUUGUGUUUUUUUUUUUGUUUUUUUGUUUUUUUUGUCGCCCCCCACCCCCCUCCAAAGAGCGGAGGCAUAUUGUCUAUUGCGCAGCGCGACAGUACGGUGUCCGAUUACAAACCGUGCAUCGAGGAGCCACCGGCACUGAGCGCUCCUCUGAGGGGCAGAAAUAGCACACAGGGAUCCGGAGGACGAGAGAGAAGGCAGAGGAAUCUCUGCAGAGAGAGAAGGAGUUCUACCGAGGUCGAUUUCUGGCAAAACACACAGCAGAACUGGAGAUAGGCUGUUUCAUCUCCAGCUCAUAUUUAUAUUCUUUUCCCCCUACAACUCUUCUCAUCGGGACCAGACACGCAGCUUCGCUCCCUGCUAGAUGAACGGGAGUUGGGCACCUCACUUGGUGUGUCUUUCCAAUGCUCUUGGCCCUUGAGGCCUGAGGAGAAGUGAGCCAAGAUCAGGACCCCAUGGGACUCCUUGCUACCCAGCAUGCACUGCUGCUGCUGCAGUGCAUGCUGGUCCUGCAACCUGCAGGCGUGGUCAGUAGGAGAGGGCCAGUGCUGCUGCCUGAAUCACCCUGUCACAAGACAGAGCACCCACUCAUCCCACAUUCAGAGAUGGAGCCGUGGAUCUUCAGGUUCAAGGCAGAGGGCACGGUGGAUUACUCACAGCUGACAUUUGACCCUGGCCAGAACGAACUGAUCGUCGGUGCCAGAAAUCACCUCUUCAGGCUCAAUCUCGAAGACCUGACACUGAUCCAAGAGGCUGAGUGGCACUGCGAUGAGUUCACCAAGGGAGCCUGCUUUAGCCGUGGAAAAUCUGAGGAGGAAUGCCAGAACUACAUCAGGGUGCUGCUAGUGAAUGGGAACAGGCUGUUUACCUGUGGAACCAACGCCUUUACCCCCAUCUGCACCAACCGAACGCUGACUAAUCUGACAGAGAUCCAUGAUCAGAUCAGCGGGAUGGCACGGUGCCCCUAUAACCCCCUCCACAACUCCACCGCCCUCAUCACCUCCAGCGGGGAGCUUUACGCCGCCACUGCUAUGGACUUCUCUGGGCGAGACCCCGCCAUCUACCGCAGCCUUGGCGGCCUUCCGCCGCUGCGCACUGCCCAGUACAACUCCAAGUGGCUCAACGAACCGAACUUCGUCUCCUCCUACGAUAUCAGCAACUUUACCUACUUCUUCUUCCGGGAAAACGCGGUGGAACAUGACUGUGGCCGUACGGUGUUUUCUCGUGCUGGCCGUGUCUGUAAGAAUGAUGUUGGCGGUCGCUUCCUCCUGGAGGACACAUGGACCACCUUCAUGAAGGCUAGGCUGAACUGCUCCCGACCCGGAGAAAUCCCCUUUAACUACAACGAGCUGCAGGGAACAUUUUACCUGCCAGAGCUGGAGCUGCUUUACGGCAUUUUUACUACCAAUGUAAACAGCAUUGCUGCAUCUGCGGUGUGUGCCUUCAAUCUCAGUGCCAUAUCACAGGUUUUCAACGGGCCUUUCAAGUAUCAGGAGAAUUCACGGUCGGCCUGGCUGCCCUACCCCAACCCCAACCCAGACUUUCAGUGUGGAACCAUUGACUCUGGCUCCUACGUUAACCUCACCGAGAGAAACCUGCAGGACGCCCAGAAGUUUUUGCUGAUGCAUGAGGUGGUCCAACCCGUGGUUCCCGUGCCCUAUUUUAUGGAGGACAAUGUACGCUUCACUCAUGUGGCAGUGGAUGUGGUGCAGGGAAAAGACAUGCUAUUUCACAUCAUAUUCUUGGCUACUGAUUAUGGUACCAUCAGGAAAGUGCUGUCCCCUCUCAAUCAGUCCAUGGGGAGCUGCCUAUUGGAGGAGAUCGAGUUGUUCCCGCCCAGGAAGAGGCAGCCGAUCCGAAGCCUGUUGAUCCUGCACACCCGCAGCGAGCUUUAUGUGGGUGUAAGAGACCAGGUCAUCAAGAUCCCGCUCAAGAGAUGCAGCUACCACAAGAGCAGAGAAGCUUGUGUGGGGGCCAGGGACCCAUACUGUGGUUGGGAUCUGUUGCUGAAAAAAUGCACAACCCUUGAGGAAAGUGUCAGAAUGAGCCAAUGGGAGCAGAGCAUCACCAAAUGCCCUGUCCGUAAUGUGACUGUCGAUGGAGGCUUUGGUGCAUGGUCAGGCUGGUCCACAUGUAGUCAUAAUGAUGGUGGCAGCGCGGGGUCCUGUCUGUGUCGGACCAGAGCCUGUGAUAACCCCGCCCCUCAAUGUGGCGGCCAGCAGUGCCACGGGGUUGGUGUUGAGGUUGCCAACUGCUCAAGAAAUGGUGCAUGGACUCCCUGGACUGCCUGGUCUCCCUGCAGUACUAGCUGCGGCAUCGGCUUCCAAGUCCGCCAGCGCUCCUGCAGCAACCCAACACCUCGCCAUGGAGGACGAGUGUGCGUGGGCCAGAACCGUGAAGAGAGGUACUGUAAUGAACACCUGCCCUGCCCGCCUCAUGUCUACUGGUCAGCCUGGUCAGCAUGGGAACGCUGCACUGUGCCUUGUGGUGGAGGCAUCCAGUCACGGCACAGAACCUGUGAGAAUGGCAACGACUGUCCCGGGUGUGGUCAGGAGUACCAGUCGUGCAACACCCUGCCCUGUCCCGACCUGAAGAAGACCACACCCUGGACUCCCUGGACACCCGUCAACAUCUCUGACAACGGCGGGCACUACGAGCAGCGUUUCCGCUACACUUGCAAAGCCCGCAUCCCAGACCCCAGCCUGCUAGAAGUUGGCAGACAGAGGAUUGAGAUGCGCUACUGUUCCAGUGAUGGAUCCACCGGCUGCUCCACUGAUGGUGAGGUGCUUCGUCUCGGGAAGAUAACAGGCCACACGGUGAACGGUGGCUGGUCAUCCUGGAGUUCCUGGUCCCAGUGCAGCCGAGACUGCAGCCGGGGAAUCCGUAGCCGUAAGAGGACCUGCAGUAACCCAGAGCCCAGAUACGGAGGGCUGACCUGCCUGGGGCCAGCACAGGAGUAUCAAGAGUGUAACAUCACCCCUUGUCCAGUGGAUGGCAGCUGGUCAUGCUGGUCUUCAUGGUCCAAGUGCUCUGUGACAUGUGGAGGGGGACACUACAUGAGGACGCGAACCUGCAGCAACCCCCCACCAGCUUACGGAGGGGACAUCUGCCUGGGCCUGCACACUGAGGAGGCACUGUGCAACACGCAGCCCUGUCCAGAGAGCUGGUCCAGCUGGUCGGAGUGGUCCCACUGUGACUCCAACGGAGCCCAGCUGCGUGUACGUCACUGUGAUGUCCUGUUUCCCACUGGAAACCAGUGCUCUGGAAACAAUAGCGAAACCAGGCCAUGCUCUCCUGACUCCAAUAUUAUACCAGAAGUCUCAAUUGCACGGUCAAGUCAGGAGGAGAGGCGCUGUGGAGACUUCAACCUCUUCCACAUGAUCGCUGUGGGGCUCAGCAGCUCCAUCCUUGGCUGUCUGGUUACCCUGCUGCUCUAUUCAUACUGUCAGCGCUACCAGCAGCAGUCACACGACGCCACCGUCAUUCACCCCAUCUCAGCUGCACCACUCAACACCAGCAUCACCAACCACAUCAAUAAACUGGACAAAUACGACUCCGUAGAAGCCAUUAAGGCCUUCAACAAAAACAAUCUGAUUCUGGAGGAAAGAAAUAAGUACUUCAACCCACAGCUUGCUGGGAAGAGCUAUACGAACGCAUACUUCGCCGACCUCAAUACCUACGAUGAGUAUUAACCCUUGAUUCAGCAGUCCAGUCUCCAUACCAUAGUGGGGACACCAACCCUAUCAUCCAUUUUGACUGUAUUCUUUUCUUUGUGCUUUGUAUUGAGAUUCAUGACACCACGCGUGGGAUAGUCCCACUCUGAGACUCUAUGGCAGCUGGUAUGUAAAGAAAACACAGACACACAGUGUUGCCAACAGAGGGAAAUGCCCACUUUCUCUCAGGUGCCUUGGGGUACACUUGGAAGGCUCAAUUUUCGGGGGCAUAUGUUGCCUUGACUCUGACAGAUAAACGGAUAACUUGAUUUCCCAACGUGGACAAAACAGGAAAAAUAAGAACUCAACUCAAAGAGACAGUGGGAAAUGUGAUCCCUUUUAACUUUCUUGUGAUGCCUCUAAAACAAACCUGUAUUUGUAAUGAGGAAAAAAACCACCAAAACCACUUUGCAUGACUUCAUCUGACGUGUUUUCUCUGCCGUUCUAUUUUGUUUUGCAUGAUUGAUCGCAUUCCAGUGUUUGGGUACUUGUAAGCAGUGUCUUUGCUGGUCAUAGGUUCAGGACUGGUUUUGGAAGUCAUAAAAACAAAGGCUGCGGUUAUGCCUGGUGGCUUUUACCAUUUACUGCUGCAGCAGUCUCUUGAUACAUCAAUAUCCACCCCCAGUCCUUGAAUCAGUAUGUAGAUAUUUGAAGUAUAUGGUCAAAUUUGUCCUUUUUUGUUUUGUUUUGUUUUUUUCAGUUAUAGGCUCUUGCAGGGUCUAGCAGCUAGCAGUGAUUGAACUCAGUGUAAAACCUCUUAUUUACAUGUGUUUUUGUGGUUUUGAUUUUUUUCUUUUAAAGGUACACGUUUUUUGUACAGGAAGUUAAGUUCAAAGCUUAUGUAUGUAGUUUUUCUAAAUAAAUUUAUUCAAUGUCUCAAGUGUUUCGAAAAGAAAAAAAAAGUUUAUGUGAAUUCUGGCAAGUAAUUGGGAGUAUUCAUAUCAGCCUGCAUCAAGUUCAGUCUUUGUCACCGUACUUUUUAUAUUUUUUGUAAAAAAGAAAUGUUUUUGAAUUUUGAUAUUGUGUUCGCUAUUACUUUGGCUUCUGAGUUAAAUAUAUAUUUGUGAGAGCUUGUGUUAACGGCAUUUAAUGUAUAGAUGGAGCGUAGCAAACACUAUUUUCCUGAACCCCAACUGGAGUGCUACCCAUAUACUGUAAGAUGAAACCCAUUCACCAAGUUGAGAUAUUUCUGUUCAGAGUGUAUAACCAAAUGUUAGGUUAUUCAAUGGUUUAGUUGCAACUAACUCUU